AUGUUUGGCACAAAAGUUGCGAAAGAAGCACUGAAAUGGGCGAAGGGCACCAAGUAAGUGGAAAUUAUACGUUUUUUUUGUAAAACAAAUUAUUUCACAGAGUUCCAUACAAAGAGUUUGCCGUAACAUUGGAGAAAAUCGAAGAAUUGUCCGGAAAGAAGAAAAUUGACGAGUUGGCACAGUUCUUCACAAAAGUACUAGAUUUCUCACCGGACGACCUUACAGCAUGCGUGUAUUUGUCAGUCAAUCAACUCGGACCAUCCUACGAAGGGCUCGAACUCGGAAUCGCUGAAAAUUCAUUAAUUAAGGUAUCGGUCGAUUUUCUUUGCAUAACACUCUAACUUAAAAUUAUUGCAGGCAGUGGCUCAGGCAACAGGACGAACAGAAGGAAAGAUUAAAGAGGAUCUGCGAGCAAAGGGAGACCUCGGAACAGUCGCCCAACAAUCGCGCUCGAAUCAGAAAAUGCUCGCGGCGCCGAAAGAGUUGACCGUUCCGGUCGUCUUCAAUAAGCUCACCGAAAUCGCCAAGCUCAGUGGAACGUCGGCGAUGAACCAGAAGGUGAACGUUAUCAAAGGCCUGCUCAUCGCGUGCCAAGGAAUCGAAGCUCGUUUUCUGGUGAGAAUGCUCGCUGGCAAAAUGCGAAUCGGCCUUGGCGAGCAGAGUGUUCUGUCGGCUCUAGCACACGCGUUCACUCUUUCAAAAGUCGCGGAAGAGGAGAAAAAGAUCAGCGGAGAGAAGCUGGACACGUUGAAAGACGCGAAUGUGAAACGGAUCAAAACCGCCUACUGGUAAGCAUUCUUACUGACUCUUUUCCUGGCGAACAGUAACUUUUUUCAGCGAAUGUCCCAACUACAACCGGCUCAUAGAAGUGGCGCUGACGGAAGGCAUUGACGCCCUUGUGGAGAAGUGCAAAUUGACGCCGGGAAUCCCUCUGAAGCCGAUGCUGGCACACCCGACCAAAGGAAUCGACGAGAUCAUGCGUCGUUUCCGGAAUCAGACGAUGACGUGCGAGUGGAAGUACGACGGAGAACGAGGGCAAAUACACAAGAGAGAAGACGGACAGAUUUUCAUUUACAGUCGAAAUCAGGAGAAUAACACGACCAAGUAUCCCGACAUUAUCGAAAAGAUCACUGCGUGCAUCGGCGACGGAGUCGAAUCGUUCAUCGUUGACGCCGAAGUCGUAGCCCUCGACGACACUGGGGCGAUCCUUCCGUUCCAGGUGUUGUCGACGAGAAAACGGAAGAACGCGACCGAUGACAACGGCGUCAAAGUGGGCGUGUUCCUUUUCGAUUUGCUCUACUUCAACGGUAAACCACUCGUCCGUGACCCACUUCGAAAGCGGAGAGAAUUGCUGCGCUCCAACUUCAAGAAGAUCGACGGCAGCUUCUAUUUCGCCACCUCUGUCGAUACGAACGACACGGACGAGAUCAACACGUUCUUCGACGAGGCCGUUAUGAACAAGUGCGAGGGGCUCAUGAUCAAAACGCUCGACACUGAGGCCACGUACGAGAUCUCGAAGCGAUCGCACAGUUGGCUGAAGAUGAAGAAGGACUACGUGGAUGGAGUGGGAGACACCCUCGACCUGGUUGUGAUGGGCGCCUACUCUGGAGUCGGAAAGCGGACGGGAGUCUACGGAGGCUAUCUGCUCGGGUGCUACAAUCCGACGACCGAAGAGUACGAAAGUGUUUGCAAGAUCGGCACCGGAUUCACGGACGACGACCUCGCCGAGCAGUACAAAAUCCUGCAGGAUAAGAAGAUCGACAAAGCGCCAGUCUACUAUCAAUUCGACCCGACGCUCAAACCCGACGACAUUUUCGCUCCGUCCCUUGUCUUCGAGGUGAAGUGCGCCGACAUCACCAUCUCGCCACGUCAUACGGCUGCCAGUGGGCUGACCGACGACGGAAAGGGCAUCUCAUUAAGAUUCCCGCGAUUCUUGCGAAUCCGCGACGACAAGAAUGCUGAGGAUGCGACGUCUUCGGAGCAAGUGCUGGAAAUGUACAAGAAUCAGGAGGCAGUGGCGAAUCAGAAGAUUGAAAAGGGAGACGGAGAAGCAGAAGAAGAAGAAGAAGAAGAGAUGGAAGUGGACGAGGAAAAAGAAGAAGAUGGAGAGAUGAACAAGACGAACACUUCUGAGGGAAGUUCGAAGGAGAAUCCGGUGAAGGAGGAGGGGGGGAGGAAGAAAGUGACGUCGCCGAAAAAGUCGCCAGCAAAGAAAGAAGAGAAGGUGAGCUCUAAAUUUGUUUACUGAAACAUGAAUUUCUCUAAUUUUCAGAAGCCGCCAGUAAAAUCAACAGCAGCGAAGAAAGCGCCAGUGGCCAGCAUCUUCUCGAAACCUGCCAAGAAAGAAGACGUCAAGAAGGAGAAGAAAGAAGACAUUCCGUCUCCAACGACGAAGAGUAAGAAGCAGGUCGUGGCAUCGGACUCGGAAGACGACGAGGACUCGGACGCCUUCGCGAAGAAGAAGCAGCCGGCGAAGAAGCGGUCCCGCGUGGCGAUCGACUCGGACUCUGACUAA